AAUUCCAAUUCCAAUUCCAAUUCAAAAUGUCGAUUCAAAUUCUCUUCUCUUUUCUUUUUCUGCUUGUAGCCUCCUCCUCCUAUGCUUCAGUGCAAGACUUUUGUGUAGCUGACCUCUCACAAUCUGACACCCCUUCUGGAUUCCCAUGCAAAGAUGUCAAAAAAGUGUCCGUCUCUGAUUUUGUCUACUCUGGGCUCGCUGCAGCCGGCAACACCAGCAAUCUCAUCAAGGCUGCAGUUACUCCAGCAUUCACUGCUCAGUUUCCAGGGGUGAACGGCCUCGGGAUUUCUACAGCCCGCUUGGACCUGGCAGUUGGUGGAGUCAUCCCCAUGCACACUCACCCUGGCGGCUCCGAACUUUUGGUGGUCAUUGAAGGGACCAUUUGUGCCGGUUUCAUAUCAUCAGCUAACACAGUCUACUUCAAGACUUUAAAAAAAGGGGACAUCAUGCUUUUCCCACAAGGGUUGCUCCAUUUCCAGAUAAAUUCUGGUAAGGGGGCGGCUCUUGCCAUUGUUAGCUUCAGUAGUCCAGUGCCAGGGCUCCAGAUUACUGAUUUUGCUCUCUUUGCUAAUGAUUUACCCACUGAAAUUGUGGCUGCAACAACUUUCCUUGAUCCAGCAACAAUUAAGAAACUCAAGGGUGUUCUUGGCGGGACUAAUUAGGGUCCUCACUUGAUUUGUUAUGGUAUUGUCAUUGUUGUUUGUUUGGUACCAACAUUUUGGUGGUUUGUGUUUGUUGUUUUUUAAAGGGGUGUGUGUGUGUGUGUCUGUAAGCUUAGAAGUUUGUUUCUGGAUUGCUUAAAUGAGGUUCGGAAUAAUUAAUAAUUUGAGUUGAUUUCUUUUCAA